UGUCUGCUGAGGGAGAAGGGGGCGUGUCUCUAGGGACAAAAAAAAACUUAACAUAAGACAUCAAAAAAAAAAUUGUAACCUACUAAAUAGCUUUGAGAAAAAUAAAACGAGCAAGGAGUGGUGCGGGAAGGGAGAUGGAGGAAGAACUCUUCUAAGUAGAAGUUACAAAAUCUUGCAAGGGGCCGCAAGUAAAGUCUAAAUUUAGACUAGACAAAAUACUGCAAUGAUUUCCUUUGGAUAUAUUUUAAAGUGUUUUUUUUUUUAUUUCGUAGCAUCAAAAUAAUUUAUUCAGAGAGUGAGCCUCAGAGAAAACGUCAAUGUUUUCUUGUUACUUAUGACGGGCAACAAAGUUUGACAUUAGGAGCAGCAAACAAUUCAACACACAAAACAAGCACAUUAAACAAAUAAUCGCUGUGAUCUCAAUGGCAUUGUGAAUUAAUUGCUAGAAAUCUUUCUGUGAUUUCACCUGGACAUAUCAUCCAAAAAAAAAAACGACACCAGAAAUUAAAAGUCAAGCUUUGGUUCAACUAAUAGUGCGAGGAUUUACAUUUGACACUUGUUUUAUUUUGUAUCAAGAAGUUAUGGUAUCUAAGUGUUGGCUUUGAGACUGUCCAUCGAACUACAGCAACACAGUAGAAGGGAAAACAUUGAACAAGAAAAAGAAAGAAGAACUUUAUUUUCAAGACUCGAAGAAAUCCUAAAGUUUAGGGAGUUUUGUUUUUAGCCAGCAGGUAUUGCUCCCAUCGUAAGGCGGCCUUGGUUCUAGAGACUUGUAGGAAAUGUUGUUAUCUAUAUUUCUGUUGGCCAACUUUCUCUUGAGAGUUACAGUUGAAGCCCAAUCUGGGAAAAAUGACGAAUAUUUGGGUGUUUGUGAUCAGCCUUGGCUUCCUGCUUACAGCCACGACCACAGGGGCGUCGCCAGCCUGGGUUCAUUGAACAACUUACAAAACCAAUUAUUGAAUGGUUACAUGGUCAGGGUUCAAUUCUCCACCAAAGAGUUUCUUAUUACAUUAGACCUGGAGGACUUUACCUUUAAAGGCAUGCAUGUUUGUGGAAGUGCUACCUACCUCUUCUCCGACAACGGUACUCACAUCGAGACUGACCCGGACUGGCUACCUACCUUAGUCUGCACCAAUGGGGAGGUGAGUCGAAUCAACUUCACUUCUGCCAAUUGGACGUCCCCAGUCGGAUUAAUUGACGUGGAACUGGACGGCGAGAUUUGGUGGUUCACGAAACCAACGCAGUCGAGUAAAGAGCCCAUCUACUCGCAGUUCAUUGAUGGAUCCACAGCCUCGGGCUCUCUAACCAAAUUGCUGCGCUACGCCAAGUGGUCAGAGCUCAGGGCCAACAUGAGGGACAGGGGCUUUGCUUUUGUCCUUAAGAACCAGAAGAUUUACAACGAUGAAGUGGUGACAGCCCAAAGCCUCAACCACUACAGUCUGCGAUACACUAAAACAUCGGUCAAAUUCAACGAAGAGCCCUAUUAUUCUUGGAUAGCCUCCUGGUCAACCAAUGGGAGGAGGGAUGUCUCUCGGUGGUACCUCACCAACUCCACCCAGUACAAGCACAACAAUGAUUACGUCUCCUUGGACUGGUUCGGGGACGAAUGCUGGCGGAAGGUCUACUCCACAGACGUGGACGGCUUCAGCUUACAUGGAUCGUUGGAAGAGCUCAUGUCCAUGAUUAAAUUAGGUCAUAGGGUACGUGUCUACUUCAACGGCUACAACCUGAAGGUCAACGGGAUUCGAGUCUUGAAAGGUAUGGUCAUCGCUCAGACGAUUGAAGAGUUCGGAAGGAGGGGAAAUUACUCAGCUUACGAUGCCACCUUCUUCGACGCCAGGGUGAAGAUCAUCUUCCGGCUAAUUCACUCCACCGGCAAGGUCAAGACUUUCGCGUACUACUACGACAACUUUGGUCCGGUGAAUACAAGAGACAACGAACAAAGUGAAAAGUUUCCUAUUGACUGGGUGGUGGACACUCGACCCUGGAAGAAGGUGCUGAGAACUGACGCAUUUGGAACGGCCACAUUUGGUUAUACCACAGACCUGGAGACGGCAAACACGAUGGGAUGCAGCGUCCGGCUGAACAUCGAACAGGACGAGUUAGGCGGUCAGUUCUUCACUGAGGCGGACAACGUGCGUUACAAUAUUGCAGAACAACAGAUCUUCGCCCAGGCCUUGAAACAUGUCAGUGACCAGAGGUCACCUGGUGUCGACGAGUACACUUUACAGAGCAAUGUCUUCCGCUGGUCACUCAUGGUCAGCUCAAACGGUGUUGUCGCCAUGAACGCCAGGCACCUGAGCUCCCGAAACCACUUGUACGACGCCAUCUCCCCGGCAACCAAUGUCACGUGGUUCAUCAACUGUUAAGAUUGAGCUGGGUUAGGGUUAGCGUUUGGACUGUGUGAAAUCGGAGAAUACUCAUUGUAUCCUUCAAGAUGAAUUGAACUUAACUUUUUUAAAAAUUAAAUGUCAAGGCCAGUCCCUGGUCAGCAAUAUCCUCAUAUACUUCAAAAAAGUGCAAUCCUAACAAGUUAGUAAAAUACGGAUUGGACUAUUUAGGAAUUAGAGUAGGAUAUGCAACUGUUUCUAUUAUUAUUUUUUCUAACGUCAUUUGAUAAUCCUAUUUUAGACAUAAUGCAGAAGCUGAAUGAUACAAAAAUGCUUCAUUACAUUUGUUGAAUACACUAAAUAACUAUAUUUAACUCUGCCUCUCCUAACUAACGAUAAUUCCGUUGACUCAUUAAAUUAAUUUUGGGAUUUAUAAACUUUAAUUUGUGUUACAUAAAACGAGCGUACAUUCUCCUACAAUUCUAGACCAAAAGUAACAAUUUUUCGGUUUAAAUACAUAAAUGUUAUUGAAGUUUAAUCACAAUAGUGUAGAAUAUAGGGUAGAAUGUACACACGUGAAAAAUGAACAACUCUGUCUGAACGUGGGAAAAUAAUUCGCGAGACAAAGAGUUCAAUUAGCAGGCCUAGAAUAUUGCUCAUUUUGACUAUCUACGUCUAGCAGUGUUGCCACUAGUUUGUUAUAGCAAUUUAGAAUGCACUAGUCUGAUCACUAACCGCUUAAACACUCACAUACACCCUACACAUUAUUUUGUUUCUAUUUUGAAAUGAGCGGUGAUCUUCAAGGAUCUAAUAGACAUUUGUUGACGUGGCGGAGAAGCUAUAAACAGCUUGGCUCUUGGGUGUAACCCGUGUACAGAUGAAGAAAGUCUGAAGAUUAUUUUUGUUUAGAAAAAGGUUUAGGAUCAUUUUUUUCUGCACUUUUAACAUUGCCGAAUUAAUUUUUUUCUCAGCUAUUCAUACAUGGCGGAAAAACAAACUAUAAAUAGCUAUCUCUUUGGUGUAACCGGUGUACAAAUAGAUAAAGUCUGAAGAUUUGCUUUUCAAAGUUAUAGGAGAAUUAUUUUUUUUUGUGCACAAUGAAAUGUUCUAAGCUCUUCUGUUUGUAACACAAACUAAUUUCCGUUGGGAUCAGUGGCGUCACUAGGGUUGGUGUCACCCGGUGCAGCCCGUACCCCCCGCACCUGCCUAGUAAAGCCACUGGUUGAGAGGAAGCUAAAGACUUUCACUCUGUGACUAAAUACACAUCACAAAACAAAUGGGCAACUCACUAGCAGUAAUAAAGGAGUUAUGGCGCGAGAAUCAACUGCCACACAUUGAGUGUUUAAACUUAUACAUCAAUUCUUUUUUUUUUAAUUUAGUUGCCAACAGUGACGUUCAGUUUAGUGGCCUUGACAUUGUCUGGUUUAAAUUUAAAAUCUUCAAUGACGUGUUUCAAUUAGAAAUUAAAACUCUUGUUCUUAAAUAACUUGUAUAGAUCUCAAGUGUUUAUCUUACACUUUGUCGGGAUGUCUAUGAUUAGAUUAAUAACACUCUUCAGAAGUUCGUGUACAAGUUACAGCUGUAUGUCAAUGGAUGUUGUGCUGGUCAAUGUUGUGCUGGUCAAUGGAUGUUGUCCUGGUCAAUGGACGUUGUGAUGGUCAAUGGAUGUUGUGCUGGUCAAGUCUUGUUACACGUGCGUGUUUUUGAACAAAAGUUGAAGAGAACAUUGUGUGGUUAGAAAAGUAAUAGAAUAUUCAGAAUAAAAAAUCUCUUUUAAUUUCGUUUCAAAUUCCCCGCAAAAAUUAAUAUGAUUUUUGUUUUGAUGACUUUGAACUUUGAACUUAGGUUGAGACGUAAUUGUUUCAUUGUUUUGAAACAUUCUCCAGGAAGCUGUAAGACUUUAUUUUCAAAGACUUUUCUGUUUUUUGUUGCCUCUAAACUUGUAUGUUGAUAUUUUGUUUAUAUUCCUAAAUAAUGUAUAGAAAAAUAAAUACACUUUGAAAACUUUUA